AUGAGAGCCCCUAUCAAGGCUGCCUCUGCCUUUCGAGGCCUCGUUAGCCUCCUUCUUCUGACAACAUGGCCGAUCCAGCUGACCCUGGCUUACGAUCUGGACCCAAAUUCGACAGAAUCGGUCACAGCUACAGCGAAGAAGAUGGCAAGCGAUAUGCUGAGCUUCUACAAUGGCGAUAAGCCUGGUGGUACUCCAGGACUUCUGCCCGAUCCAUAUUACUGGUGGGAGGCUGGCGCCAUGUUUGGUGCUCUAAUCGAGUACUGGUAUUAUACCAAGGAUGAGACGUAUAUAGACAUGACACAAAAGGCUCUACUUUUCCAGAUUGGCAAGCAAAAGGACUACAUGCCCGAAAAUCAGACCCUGACCGAGGGCAACGACGACCAGGGUUUCUGGGCAUUAGCAGUCAUGGCUGCCGCCGAAUAUAACUUUCCCCAUCCCGGAGGUGACCAACCAUCCUGGCUUGCGCUCGCGCAGGCCGUAUUCAACACACAGGCUCCCCGUUGGGACGAUACGAGUUGCGGAGGUGGCUUGCGAUGGCAGAUUUACACAUGGAACAAGGGAUAUGAUUACAAGAACUCGAUUUCGCAGGGUACCUUCUUCGCGCUGGGCUCUCGCCUUGCCCUCUUCACCGGGAAUCAGUCAUACGCCGACUGGGCAGUGAAGACAUGGGACUGGAUGGAGGGGGUGGAUUUCAUCGACGAGAAGGGAUACGUCUAUGACGGCGGACAUAUCCCAUACAACUGCACGAACAUCGUCCCGUAUCAGUUCACUUACAAUUCGGGUGUUUUUAUCAACGGCGCGGCAGCCAUGUAUAAUUUCACAGAGAAUAAGAUGUGGAAAGAAAGGCUUGACUUGCUGCUGGAGGGUUCCAAGGUCUUUUUCACCGGAGAUGACAAGAAUAUUAUGGAGGAGGUCGCAUGCGAGCCAGUUGACCAUUGCAACGUUGACCAGCAAUCGUUCAAGGCUUACCUCAGCCGUUGGCUAGCAGGCAUCACGCAAUGGGUUCCAGAUACAUACGAUUUUGUCAUGCCUUACAUACGGGCCUCGGCAGUUGCUGCAGCGAAGCAAUGUAUUGGUGGAAGCAAUGGGCGUAUGUGUGGUCUCAAGUGGAGCACUGGAAAGUACGACGGCUCUUCCGGCGUCGGUCAGCAGAUGGCGGCGUUGGAGGUUACUUUGGCGUGCAUGGUCAAGCAGCGAGACCCGAUCUUGACCUCGCACACCGGCGGUACCAGCGAAAGUGAUCCCGGGGCAGGCAGCGAGGACAUAGGGAGAAACAAACCUGCAUGGGCGGAUAAGCCUGUCACGACUGCUGAUCGUGCAGGUGCGAUCAUACUCACAAUCAUCGUCAUUGUUUCCAUGCUGGCAGGGGCCGUGUGGCUCUUUGUCGAUGAAACGUCAGAUGCUUCGUUCCUCGAACAGGUCAAGGGCAUCAACUUUUCGAUCGCCGCUAUACUUGCUUUCCUGACAGCAGGCGCAGCGGUUGCCAAGAAACCUGGCUCGGAAGAUGGUAACGAGAAGGCUGGGCAGAAAUCGUCAAGUCCGGGGUCGAGCUCCUUUGAACAGAAUGGCCGCGAAACGCCCCUCCAAAUUUCUCGGGUGACUAACAGGACUAGCGGGCACGUACGUAGAGCGUCGAAUAUGCCUAUUGGAUGGCCCAAUAUUUCGUCUGUGAGGGCUAGCGGUGCCUUGGCUGACAUUGAGAAAACGGCCGGAACGACGCUGGAAGAUGUGACGGCACAGCAGACGUCGAAUACUCGAGACCAAGCAGUGAUCCAGGAGACCUCGUCACCAGCAGCAGCAGAACAGACACACGUCGAAGGAGCAGCCAGAGAAGAAGCCCAAGAGCAAAAUGUGCCUCAUACGGCGGCCGAAACCAAAGACCAAGGGGGGACUCAAGCUCAACCGAAGCGCGACUUGAAUGCUGCGGUGGUUACCAACGACCAGGAAACCAGCCCACAAAAUGCGACAUCGCAACCUGAAACUCAACCCAGUGCGAAGACUGACGAAACUACCGACGGGAAUCUCGAAGUUGGUCCAGAAAUUACGGCAUCGCAAGAGCCAUCCCAACUUCAAACUCAGCCCGACGUGACUGUUGAUACUACCAAGGACAGCCCAGAGGCUGUCAAAGAAACCACACCAUCACAAGAGCCAGCGCAACCGCAGCUCAAAGAUGAUGUGGAAAGCUACCACCAAUAG